UUCUCGUCCCCCCUUCUCAUCCCCCUUCCCUCUCUCUCCCUCCCUUCAUUUCCUUUCUCCCUUUCUCCCAUUGUGCACCACUUCAGUCAAUCCUCAUUUUGGUAACUCAUGACUUUCAGCUACUCAUAAAUAUGUGGCUACUCGACCAUCUUUUUCAGACGGGGACCGACGCAGAUGCUGAGUGACUUCAUAAAUAUUUUACAUAUUUUAUCCUUUUGUUUGACAUAACCAUCACCCGUUUGCCUUUUGCGUUGAUUUGAGUGACCUUUAAUGGAGCUUUUGCGACACCCUCAUGCCUUCCUUGUCAGCGCCAGCGCCCCCAAACCCCUCCCGAAACCCUGACUGAAAGACCAUCUCCUUAAGCUGAAUCUCUUCUAUCCUUUAUCCUAUUCUUUGGUAUUUUAAUCCUGCUUUAACCUUUCGUAUGAAUUUAAUCACGCAAUUAAUAUUCACCUUCCGUUCGUCCCUCACCGCUGAACCUCAUCCGCUCUCCAAUGAAAACUUAACAUAUACAUUUCCAAAGUUGGAUUCAGAGGUGGAAUACAUGCUCACCUUGUCACAUUCCAUGUCUUCCCCAUCAGUGGAUCCUGUCUGCCGAGAUCCAUCCACCUUAUCAGCCUCCUCUUUGUCCCUUGUGCCCUUCACCCCGCCCAUCCCCAUCCUUGUUCCUGGCGUAGUAUAGGGCCUCACUAACUUGGCCGCGUCUGUAUAGGCCCCAAUGGACUCCCGGUGGCGGCGCAGGUCCGGGACAAUGGUGACCACACCUUCAGGGUGGAGUUCGCCCCCCGCAACGCCGGAGAGCACAGGAUCCACGUGGCGUAUGGUGGCGAAGCCAUCCCUGGGUCACCCUUCAGUUGCAAGGUGUACGACGUGUCAGCCAUUAAGGUGCGCCCCGUGGACCGCGGUAUGGUGGCCAAGCCUGUCACAUUCCUUGUCGAGACCAACAACGCUGGCCCUGGAAAUCUUGAGGUGACAGUGAACAAUGGACAGGUUCCCACCAGCGCUCAGGCACAGGGUAACCAUGUCUAUGCCAUCUCCUUCACGCCGAAGGAGGCCAAACCACACGUGGUUGAGCUCAAGUUUAACGGGGAGAACGUGCCGGGAUCUCCGUUCUCGUGCGAGGUGGUGGAUGUGUCAAGGGUGACCGUGGCUGGCACCGGGCUGGAAAAGGUGCCAGUGGACCGUCCUGCAUCCUUCACCGUGGACUCGCAGGCCACUGUGGACCAACUGGAGGUCAAAGUGCUUUCGCCCUCCAGGCAUGUCCUAGAACAUCGUAUUAGUACGACAGAUGAAGCCAAACUGAUGGUAGAAUACACACCUGCGGAAGUGGGCGCAGCAGUAAACCCUCAAGGUGCAAUUACAACUUCGGAGCAAGGAGGAAAGGGCUUCGUCGGAAGCGUGAGGGCGUGGAGAGCGCGUGGAACCAUCCCCUGCGCCGUUUGCCGCACGCAAGCGCCGUCAGCUUCUGCUGCGUUGGCGUGCGGCGAAAGUAGACUAAACAACUAA